GCUUCCGCCGAGCUGAGGAGAAGGAGGAGGAGACUCAAAGCACAGCAAAAUGGUUAAGGGAAGACAAGGAGAGCGUGUCAGACUUUACGUCAGAGGUUCAAUUCUUGGAUACAAGAGGUCCAAGUCAAAUCAAUACCCAAACACCUCUCUUAUUCAGAUUGAGGGGGUAAACUCAAAGGAAGAGGUUGGGUGGUACUGUGGGAAGCGCAUGGCGUAUAUUUAUAAGGCAAAGGUAAAGAAGAAUGGAAGCCACUAUCGCUGCAUUUGGGGUAAGGUUGCCAGGCCUCAUGGUAACAGCGGUAUUGUGCGUGCUAAGUUCAAGUCCAAUCUACCACCUAGAUCAAUGGGAGCAAGGGUAAGAGUCUUUAUGUAUCCAAGCAAUAUAUGAGAUUGUUAGGACCUGUUGGUGCGUAGGGUUUAUCCGGCGAGUAGAAGGAAGUUGCAUUAUGCGAAUUAAAAUUUUGUGCCUUGUGUAACUCUUACUGGUAUAUCCUUGUUUAGGAUAUGGUGAAUGAACCUCAUGUUUUUCCUUCGUUCUCAUUCUUGUGGUUAUUUAAUGGGGAUUGAGUCUC